AUGGCUACCAUAUUCCAGAGCUUCCGGAGCUCGACUCUGUCGAAGCGCUUGCUCAUAUACGCCCUGCGGCGUCUCGAGCUGCUCGACGAGGAGACCCUGGACAUGGAAAACCUCCAGUUCGCGCUGGGCAGGACAACGACAGCAGAGUUCAAAGAUGUCGGAGUGCGCCUCAAGAAACUCGAGCACCUGUUGCAGCUACCCGCCUCGUUCCAGAUCCAAAAAGCAAAAGUCCUAAAGCUCAGCGUCACGAUUCCCGUCGACUUUUAUACGAGCCCCAUCAUUAUCGAGAUCGACGGCGUCGACGUCCGGUUGAAGGUUUCUACCAGUGGCGACGAUACUAAGGCAAAGUCCGCCACGCCCUCGACCGACGACUCCAGACUGCCGAACACCGUGAACCUCGCCGAGUCCUUCCUCAACGAGGAUGUGGCCCUGAAAGAUGCCUCGCUGGCCGAUGAGAAGCGGAGGUUAGAGGAUGCCCUCGCCGCCGAGACGCAGGACCUCGGCGGCUCCAUGGCCAUGAGCGAGAGUUCCAUGAGCGACGACGGGAGUCAGUUUGGAACGGGCCAGCCGCUGUCCUUGCCGGGCUUUCUGGCCGGCUUCCUCCAGGGAAUUGUUGAUCGCAUCCAGGUACGUAUUAGAGGCGUCACGUUUCAAAUGGACGUCGAGGUCCCGAUCGAGCCGAACGCGACUGCGCCGGAGCUGGUUACUUUCGAGCUGGCCCUGGACCGCAUCGAUGUGGAGGGUGUCACCGCCGAGACACAGAACGAGGAGGGUGCCCCGGUUAUUGCGCCCAAGGAAGGAAAACGUCAAGUCGCCUUGUCUAGGGUUCGGGCGUACUUGAUAUCAGAAGCGAAUGUCUUUUCGCAAUUUGCCCGCUCGCCAUCGAUUUCGUCGCCUGCUGUUUCUCAGUCGCCAUCAUUCAGCGAGCGGGGUGCCGCGUCGAGGCAUAGUACCUUCCGACCCAGCAUGCAAGACAGCUUUCUCUCUUCCACCUCGGACGAGCUCUCUGAGGUGGACGACGCUCUGUUGCAAGAUAGCGAGGAGGCCUUUAACAUCCCCUACGACUUCUCGAGUCAACCCGAAGAGCCGGCGGAGGAGGAGGAGACGAACACGCCGCGCGCGUCGAUAUAUCAAGACUUCUCACCGCGCGGGCACGUGCCUGUUUCCCAAUCUACAAUCCUGGGCGAUGAUGAUCGGGCUGCCCCGUGGGCCAGUUUCCAGCGAGAGGCGAGGUCAGAACCGUCGCAAUCGACUGAGGGUAUGCCUCCCAUCGCAUUUGCCGAGCAAGGAAACUUGGAGUCGUCGCAGCAUUCGAGCACCACCAGUCGCAGCUCCGGUCCCGCCGAGGAAGAGGAUCUCGCGCAGUCGCAUGUUUUCACCCACGAAGAGGCCGAAAGCAUGUAUAUGAGCGCGUUCUCUCAGACCGAGGCCCAAAGUGCUGGGUCCCGUAUGCCGGGAGGAUGGGACGAGCCCAGCCCUGAGACUUCCCCUGUGUUCAAGAAGGCAAGCCCAGUCUUGCGCCAGCCAUCGCCGCCACCAGUCAGAGAUGAAGGUGUGAAGGAGCCACCCAGCCCUGAAUUCACAGACGCACCCGCACCGCCCCAUCCCACGGCCUACCCCGCGGUCGGCGAUGUUGAAUCGGGAUUCACUAGACAUGAAGCCCAACGCUCGUCGAGGAGGAAUUCUGAGGACGAAGGUGUUGCAGACGCCCAUGCCCCGGCCGAUGAUGUGGCAACGCCGAGAGGCCCAACGAGACUUGUGAAGGAAAUCCUGUCUCUGAACACCAUAUCAUUAUACGUCCCAUCGUUACACCAGCACGUGCAUGUCCCUGCGGACGCACAAGCAUCUGUCUUGAGCCAAGCUCCAGGAUCGCCAGGCUUGGCGAGAUCUGUGGCACCUCAGGUUCCAGGGGCUUUUUCCGUGUACUCCACGUCGCCGGGCAUGAGAUCGAGUGUCGCGCCCCGGUCGCCCGGUCUAGUCUUCACGGAGCCACAAAGCGAUGGCGACGUUGAGGUUCACUUGUCGCCAUUGGAAGUCCGCUUCGACGCUUCUUUGGCAUACUUACUCGCAGUCGUCGUUGGAAAGCUGAUGGAUGCCCUGAAGGGCACCACCGCUACUCCUGCCCCGAAGAAAACCACUACUACGGCGAAGUCAUCGCAGGAGUCAUCGAUGCCUGACAUCAAAGUGGUGUUUGAAAAGAUUUCACUGCAUUUCCUCCACCAACUUGGUGGUGUUGCUGACACCGCCGAAAGAAUCUUUGGCUCUGGUGGAUUGCACAUGCAGCCGGAGAUCCUUCUCCGUACAGAGCUUGAAAAUCUCAGCCUAUCUCUCAGUGCUGUCAAGAACUCCCUCGAAACAACAAUUGACCUGGAAAAGUUUCGUUUUGGCUAUGCAAAGGAUGACAUCAUCUGCUUUGAUCAAAGUUUGCAGAUGCGAGCGUCUGUAAUGGACAAGUUUCCCUCAGCCGGCUCCGAUAUAUCGGUGAAGGUGAUCAAAUCGCCCAACUCGACUCGGACGGAAAUUACAACAUUGCCACUCUUGAUACAGCUCGAUCUGCAGAGGUUAGACGAGACGUUCAGCUGGUUUGGCGGAUUGAGCAGUUUUCUUAACAUGAGUUCCUCAAUGACGUCGAGCGCGUCCCCCUCGGUCAAAACGCCGGUCCAACCAGCGCCUAAACCCCGGGGUGUUCGAUUUGAUGCUCCCAUUAACCCGGACGACAAGUCGGCCGCUUCCGAGAACAAGAUCGAUAUGAGAAUCGGCGGUUUCAACCUGGAGUUGAAGGGCAAGGAGUGCAGCGUCGGCCUUGAAACAAGUGCUGUCAAGAUGGUGAGUCGAGAGCUUGGUAUCGGAUUCGCUAUCAGCAAGGUGCGCCUGGCGGGCCCGUACAUCCGAAGGUCCAGAGGAGAGCCACCCAUCUCGGCCGAGAUCAGUGGUGUUAGGUUCGAAUACCUCGCGACGCCAAAGGACAAAGACCUCGAGCGCCUUCUAGAGCUUAUUAUUCCUUCCAAGGUCAAGUUCGACCAGGGCGACGAUGAGAUUAUGGUGGACACUCUUCUCAGGCAAAGGCGUAAGGGCGCUGUCCUCCGCGUGACGUUCGACCAGUUCAACGUCAGAGUCGAGCGCAUGCAUCAGCUCAACUGCCUCCCCGCUCUGGGUGAAGAAGUCGCGCGACUGGCGACAGUGGCAAAGUACCUCCCAGAAGACGACCGCCCUGGUGUGCUUCUCCUAGCGGAAAUCAAGGAUCUUGGUGCGACUGUCGACAUCGGUGGCAAGAUCGGCAUCAUUAACGCCAACCUCAAGGGAUUUGAGGUCGCGCAGAUUACGGUACCCUCGCUGGUGGCAUUCGGCGUACACGCCAUUUCCGUGAAUCGCAACCAUCGAGAGGACCUCGUGAGUUCAUCAACAACGCUUCCUCCAGGCACACUCACCCAAGGCCCGGUUCUCAUGGUUCGCAUGAUUGGGGACGAGAUGGAGCCAGUGAUCAAAAUCAAGAUGCGCGAUGUUACAGUGGACUACCGGGUGCCAACCAUCAUGGAUGUUCUCGGACUCGGCGAGGAUGCCACUCCUCAAGAUUUUGAAGCCAGCCUCGCGGCCUCAGUGGCCAACCUCGGUGAACAAGCUCAUACAGCCCUGGCCGGCAAGAAGCCUCAACCUGCUCGACCUGCAGACCCUGCUCGACCCAAUAGUAAGCCUAUGACGGUCGACUUGGUUUUCCGCGAUUGCUUGAUUAGUCUUAACCCCUUGGGACUCCCCUCCAAGCUCCUCAUUGCGUUCACAGAUGCUCGACUUCAAGUGGUUCUGCCCAAGGACGUGGAUACGACGGCGACGUUGGAUCUCAACAAGGCUUCAAUUCUCCUCAUUGACGAUGUGGCUAACAUAGGCGCGACCGCUUCCACUGUGAACCGUCGCCAAUCGGCGGAUAUGUCGUCGCAACAAGUCUCGCGACUGGCUGCUCAAGGCUUCGUCAGCAUUUGCUACAUUUCUUCGGCAAAGGUCACUGUUAAGGUUACAGAAAGUGAGGAGGAUGGUGAAAAGCAUGUCGAUGUCGACCUACGUGACGACCUCCUCGUUUUGGAGACGUGUGCCGAUUCCACUCAGACUCUCAUCACUCUUGCAAACGCACUGAAGCCACCGACGCCACCUAGCAAGGAGAACAAGUACAGGACCAAGGUCGUUCCAGUGCAGGACCUCUUGGCUUCAAUAUCUGCAGAGGCGUUCGGAAAAGCCGAGGGCGAUUAUGAUUUUGACAAGGACUUUGGGCUCGCCCAGGAGCUCGGUGGCGACGAGGAAUUUGACGUCGCGAGUGAUGAAGGCCCAUUGCAUAUCGAUUCGCAAUAUUACGGGGACGCCGGUCCUUCGGAUAUCCUCUUUGACGCAGAUGGCUCAGUCACAUCAAUCGGAACCACAACUCAAGAUACCCACGACGGAGUGCUACUUACCAGCUUCAAUGCCAGCGCAUCCACCCACGUGUCAGACGACGGUAGUGAUCUCGUUAUCGAGGACAACUUCUUCGACAAGGGACCGGAUAUCGACGGUAGAGCCCAAAUCUGGAACUCGUCAAAGAACACCUACGACCGAGCCCCGAAGGAACUUAUCAGGAAGGCUCCUCUGCGAGUGUCGAUUCGUGAUGUCCACGUUAUUUGGAACCUCUUUGACGGAUACGAUUGGGAACGCACUCGCAGUGUUAUUAGCAAGGCCGUGCAAGAUGUCGAAGAGAAGGCUAUUGAACGUCGCCGACGCUCGGAACGCAUUGCGUUCGAGGAAGACGCGGAAGAAGACGAGACAGUAAUCGGCGACUUCCUUUUCAAUUCGAUUUACAUCGGCAUCUCGACGAAGCAAGACCCCCGGGAGCUCGCGCAGAUGGUCAACCAGGAGUUGAACGACAACGCGACCGAGACAGAGUCCCUUGCUACGACGGCCUUCACAACAGCAACUGGUCGGGCUGGCGGUGCACACAGGCCCAAGAAACGGUUGAGACUCAACAGGAGCAAACACCACAAGAUCACUUUCGAGCUUCAGGGCGUCAACGUCGACCUGAUUGCUUUCUCUCCCGACUCGGGGGAGACCCAGAGCUCCAUCGAUGUGCGCGUGCAAAAUCUGGACGUCUUUGACCACGUCCCGACCUCGACGUGGAAGAAGUUCAUGACAUACGAUCAGGAUGCUGGCGAACGGGAGAUGGGUACCAGCAUGGCUCACUUGGAGCUUCUGACCGUCAAGCCCCAGCCGGAUCUCGCGGCGUCUGAGAUGGUAUUGCGAGUGACGCUUCUGCCCCUGAGGCUUCACGUCGAUCAAGACGCCCUGGACUUCAUCACCAGAUUCUUCGAAUUCAAGGACGAUAACGCUCCCGUGCACAGCUCACCCAGCGAUAUUCCAUUCCUCCAACGUGUCGAGGUGCGCGACAUUCCGGUCAAGUUGGAUUUCAAGCCCAAGCGCGUCGACUACGCCGGACUCAAGUCGGGUCGAACCACCGAGUUUAUGAACUUUAUCAUUCUGGACGAAGCUCGCUUGACUUUGCGUCACACCAUCAUCUACGGCGUCUCUGGCUUCGACAGGAUGGGCAAGAUUCUCAACGACAUCUGGAUGCCGGACGUCAAGGGUACUCAACUCGCUGGUGUUCUCGCCGGUCUUGCACCCGUCAGAGGCAUCGUUAACAUCGGCAGCGGGUUCAAGGAGCUGAUUGAGGUCCCAAUCAAGGAGUACAAGAAGGACGGACGCAUUGUCCGUAGCAUUGGCAAGGGCGCCGCGGCCUUUGCGCGCACGACGGGGACUGAAGUGAUCAAGUUCGGUGCCAAGCUGGCCAUCGGAACGCAGUACGCCCUCCAGGGUGCCGAGGGCUUGCUCAACAAGCCGCAGACCGACAAUACGUGGGAGGACGCGGGUCUCGAUCCAGAGGAGAAGAAGCAGAUCUCCCUGUACGCAGACCAGCCUACUGGCGUGAUUCAAGGUCUCCGCGGCGGAUACUCGAGUCUUACGAGGGACUUGAAUAUGGCACGCGAUGCCAUCAUUGCGGUGCCGGGCGAAGUUAUGGACAGCUCCAGCGCGCAGGGUCUCGCAAAGGCAGUCUUGAAGCGAGCUCCAACCAUUAUUUUCCGGCCUGCCAUUGGGGCCACGAAGGCUAUUGGCCAGACUCUGAUGGGCGCGACGAACAGCUUGGAUCCGCAGAACAGACGCAGGGCGGAGGAGAAAUACAAGCGGCACUAG